CAAGACAUCACAGUGAGGGGUAGAGAAAGAAAGAAAGAGAGAGAGAGAGAGAGAGAGAGAGAGAGAGAGAGAGAGAGAGAGAGAGAGAGAGAGAGAGAGAGAAGGAGGGAGGGGGUCUGUUGAUGUGGGGAGUUGCACAACAACACGGACUAAUGUGUCUUUCUGAAACCGCAUAGCUUGGAAAUAAGUGGGACAAUGCUCUUCUAAAUCAGGUGACAGAGUUGAUUUCGACAUGAAACUGAAUUUCGCGCUGCUUUUCCAGAAGAAAGAGCAGAAGACCUAAAGCCAAGGACAAAGCUGUAGACUCUUUGUGGUGAGUGGGCAUGAUAUACCACAAUGGAGGAACAGGACAACCACCAGCCUACACUAGACAACCACAACAAUCUCUACAAGAUACCUGGCCAAGAGGAUCAGAGAAACAUGCCAAGCUAUCAGUACUGCUGCAGGUUGGCAAACUUCCGAAUUGAGAAAAAGAUCGGCCGUGGCCAAUUCAGUGAGGUCUACAAAGCCACAUAUCUGCUGGAAGGACAGCUGGUUGCACUCAAGAAAGUUCAGAUCUUUGAGAUGAUGGAUGCCAAGGCUCGUCAGGACUGCAUCAAAGAGAUAGAUCUACUAAAGCAGCUGAAUCACCCCAAUGUGAUCAAGUAUCUAGAUUCCUUCAUUGAGGACAAUGAGCUUAACAUUGUCCUGGAGCUGGCCGAUGCUGGAGAUUUGUCUCAGAUGAUAAAGUACUUCAAGAAGAAGAGGCGGCUCAUCCCAGAGAGGACAAUAUGGAAAUAUUUUGUCCAGCUCUGUAGUGCCCUAGAGCACAUGCAUUCACGCAGAGUAAUGCACCGCGAUAUCAAACCAGCCAACGUGUUCAUAACAGCCACAGGGGAAGUAAAGCUGGGUGACCUGGGCUUGGGACGCUUCUUUAGCUCCAACACCACUGCAGCGCACUCCUUAGUGGGGACACCAUACUACAUGUCCCCGGAGAGAAUCCAUGAGAAUGGUUACAACUUCAAAUCUGACAUCUGGUCCCUGGGAUGUCUCCUGUAUGAGAUGGCAGCACUACAGAGUCCGUUUUACGGGGACAAGAUGAACCUCGUCUCUCUGUGCCACAAGAUCGAGCAGUGCGACUACCCCCCCCUCCCACCUGACCAUUACUCUGAGAAGCUACGGGACCUGGUAAGCAUGUGCAUCAACCCGGACCCGGACCAGCGCCCGGACAUCGUCUUUGUGCUUCAGGUGGCCAAACAGAUGCACAUGUGGACGGCCAGCACCUGAGCGCCACUUCUGCUGAAAACCCGCAUUCUGCUGAGUCUGAGGACCUCAAGCCACAAGACGGCAGCUCUGCCUGGUUUCCCCAGUAGGAAGUGUUUGAUUGGUUCUCAUCUGGAGACGUUGUUACACACCGGUCACGAGGAAACCGUGGAAAGACUUUGGCACAAGUGAACCGUGACGUUUUGACUUCGGUGGCCACUUCUUGUCUUUUGUGGAGGAUCUGAGGAGGUGCGGCGGCGGCGCAGGGGUGGCUGGAGGUGAUCCAGGUGGCUGUCUUCACGGCUUCUUCACCGCUCCAGGUAGAGGUGGUGCUGUCGCAGACGUCUCUAAGCCACUUUUUUGUCAUUUCGCAGGGGUUGCACUCCACAGGCAGAGCCCAGUGUUUUGGGUGAUGUCUGUGCGGAGUAACUUAGUGUCUGCACUUUGCUGAUGCCACACUUUAUGCUCUUUUCUUUUAGCUCAUUACUUAAGCCAUAUUUAGAAAUAUUAUUUUGAUGUCGCCUGAAGUCAUUCUCAUACUUUGCAUAUCAUUGUUUGCAAUGUCGUUUGUCGCCUUAUAGUAACAGUCAACCCAAAAAUUGGGGGGGUGUCAUUUGCUCUUGGGUGCAAAACUAACUUUAAAGGACCUUACCAGUGAUUUUGCAUGUUUAGCAUAAUAUCUAUACAAUAUAUAAACUUCACAUUUCUGCUAAUCUUUUCCCAAGGAAGCAGUUAUAUUUCAUUUUCCAUAUCGUUGUAGUAUUGUCGUUUUGAUGACGUGAAAUUGGACAGAGUGAUGCGGUCCCUCCGCCAGGGAAAAUAGUCCCCGGGGAAACAUUUACUUUACACAGCCACUAAUCAGCUCUGUGAUGAAUUGUCACGGAAGCUGAAUGUUAUAAGGUGGCUGUUGUAACCAAAAAUUCAUAUUUGAAAAUGGGGAGAUUAUGAUAGGUUGUGAAAUCUUUAGUACCCCCGCAUGAUUUGCUAAAUUGUUUGCUGCAAUGUAAAAUGUGAGGAAACUGUAGUAAAUGGGCCAAACAUUCAAAAUCACAGGUGCAGUCCUUUUUAAGUGCCAAACCAAGGAAUCAAAACUGAGUCAGUAUUGAAAGCACAAUGUUUUUGAAGAGCAGCCUUGAACUUUACCAUCAUCAAUACUCCUGGAAAACCCAUUAAAUGCCACACUAUUUUGAGCCAAAAAAGUAGACUUGUUGAGUCUAGUUUGAAAUGUGUUAAAUUUAUAGAUAACACGCGUAGAUUCAACAAACCAGUGUGAUAAAAUUUACCUAAAAUAUAUGUUCACUUAAAGUAGCUGACUACCUUGGCGGUGGGUGCUGCUUAAUGUUUGUUGCUGUUGUGUAUGAUUGCAAAUUUAUGUGUUGUAAAAUACCAAAUGUUUACUAAUGAUUUUGUGUAGACAUUGUUGAAUUCAUAUUGGCAGAUGUAAACAAGUGUUUACUGUGAAACUGUAAAGAACAUUGAAAUGAGGCUGCCUAUUAUUGCCUAACAGUAGCACACAAGCCAAAAAAAGUGUAAUCUGAUGGCAGUGCCAUGUUAAUGUAUUUUAACAUUAACAUUAAAACUUAAUACAAAAUAUUAGCCGACAAAUUACAAAACCACAGUUUAUGGGAAAUGGAUUAUAUACACAUUUAGUUCAGACCAAUCUGCAAAAAUCAUCAGUAUUAAUCAACUGCCUUGUAUAAAUAACUAGGGCGAGAGCUUGAAUCCAAAGUAUCAUGUCAUUAUAUUAACAAAUGUACUGCCUUAAUUAAAAAAACCAAAAAAAAAAAAAAAAACAAAGACUUGGCGAUUUAUGUGAACAUGGUUAGGUGUUUCCUGGUUUGUUUUGUAAUUCCACAACAAGAGAGACUUGAUGUUCUCUGCAGAUAGGUGGAAAAAAAUGUGCACAUUUAUCAGUGUUGGUCAAAAGAGAUGGACAACUUCAGAGUAUCGGAUAUCUGCCAAGAAAAAAAAAAAAAAAAAAAUCAUCAUCAUGCUUCCCUAAACUGGACCGUUGUUGAUGCCAAAGUGCUUUGUGGUCUGGUCACUUAGUGUGUUGCAUCAUGUCACACCACAGCAGUGAUCUGUGUGCAUCAAGAUCUCACCUGUCUGAGCGACUUCACCCACAAAGUGUCACAUCAUUAAUAAUUUAGAUGAUGUGUUCUCUCCCAAACAUUUUUUUUUAUUGUUGUAGGCAGUUGUUUACACUCUAGGAGCAAUUUUUAUGAUAAUAAACUAAUUAGGCAAAAAGUAACUUUGCUAACAGAUUAAGUAUACUCUUAUGGAGGGGACUAAUUUUAAGUCAGUUUUUUAUGCAACAGGUGCUUUAGAUUUUCCUGGUUUAAUGGUUUUAUUCAGACCUGCAUCUGAUUUUAACACAUCUGAACAAACUUGAAACACUUUUUUACAAAAAUCCUUCACAACUCAAUUUUUAUUGAAAACAAC